AUGCCGACUCAAUUUCAAGUCUCCGAAGAGUCCCUCGGUCACCAUUAUAGUGUGGUCAUGACCGACGAUCAAGGGGGCGAACAUCAUUUCUAUAUAGAAAAUGCCCCAGGGGUUUCGGAGAAGGCGGAUCUCACGUUCUACGAUGGUGAUGACUGUACCGGUCCCCUCAUUGGACUCUCCAAGUUCCCGCGCGUUACGAAGAACUGCAAGGUCAGAUUAGUGGACGAGCUCUCCACGGAGGACUGGGUACCUGUGAGGAAGAAAGGGUUCAUGACGACGAAAUACACCUUUCGAAUUCCCGCCGGACAUACGCAGGGGCUUUUCACGUGGAAGAAGACACGGUCAAUGGGCAGGGGCUCCAGUCUGUAUGGUAACAUGAAGUUGGUGAAUGAGCAGAGUCACGAUGUUCUUGCCGUCUUCUCUUCGGAUCCUUUUUCGAUAGUCACCGGUCAACUUGAUAUGUAUCAAGAUCACGGGGACUCAUUCGAUCGAUGGGCGCUGAUUACUGGGAUGGCUGUGCGAGAGAAACAGCGGCGUCAUACCAUUGAUGCGGUGAGGUCGAAGGAUAGUGUGUACACUGUGGGUGCAAUGGGUGGUCUAGGAAUGGGUGGAAUGGGUGCCAUGGGCGGUGGUGGAGGGUGCUAG